AGAAUCUGAUACUUACCAGUCAGUUUACCCUGUUCUUAUUGCUGGCAGUUUCACAUUUUCUGUUUUUUAACAAUAUCUUAUCAAGUUUAUUUUACUACACUUUUUGAAUAAACUAUUGCUACAAUUCAAUUUACGUGUAUUUAAAUUUAAAAUGAACAUUUAUUUCUUACCAAUGCUAUAUUUGUAGUUCAAGAUAUUCUUUGAAGUAUGUAAUACAAAUUACUGUGAUGAAUCAAACAGUGGUUUACAAAAUUAAAUUAUACUGGAGCAAAAUAUAAUUUUUUUAACUUGUUGUGAAGAGGUUUUGUUCAGCCUGCUUGUAAAAAAUCUCUAGUCAGGGUGUUGAAAGCCUACAUGUAAAUGAGUUUAACUGUGUUAAAAGUAUUAACUCUCUCUUUAAUUUUAUUAUCUCGGAUUUAUUAGUGGGAAAGAAAUAUAAAUUUGAAGUUCUUUUGAUUAAAGGUAAUAGAUGUUAAAGUGCUCAUUAUUUGAAUAUGCAAUCUUUUUAAUAAAGCAAUUUACAAUUUUAUAUUUGUCGUAGCUAUCACUUUCUGUGCUGUUUUUCUUCCAUUGGUAUGUCUGACCAUAAAAAGUAAAACAAAAGGUAUUAGUUGAGACUUGCUUGUAAAUAGUAUGUUUAAGUACUUGGUAUUAAAAAGGUCAAUGUAUAGCUAAUCAUCUGAACCUCUAACCCUUUUUCAGUGGUAGCAGGAAAAGUUAGAUACUAAAGAAAUAAUUUUUUCAUGUAUAUGUACUUAGCUCUCAAAGACAUAAAACACAAACAAAAAUGGUUAGCUACUGCAUGAUGGGAAAGGUAUUCGUAGGUUUUCUCUGUGUUUUGUAAUGUUGCUGGUCUCAGCCAAUAGUUAACUUGAUAAUGGCUCAAUGUUUGACAUGGUGCCUUGUGGUGCUUCUUUUGAUUGUGCAGUUACCUCCUGCUUUAGAAAUACUUCAUACCACUUGGGUUUGUUGCUUGAGGCCUUUUGAUAGUGAAUCUAUGGAAGGUGACAUGCAGAUUGCUACAGAAUCUUCUAUUUUGCUGCCACUGGAUAGUCUUAUGGUUCCAGUAGAAAAAGUUGAAGAAAGUACACAAAAGGAAAAUAAACAAAAAGAAACUGUCACUUCAAUAAGAGAGGGGGAUAAUAGAAAUCAAAUGAGAUCUGUUACGGAUGAUGUAAAUGAGAAACAAGUUCCAAUGAUUUCAAGAGGCAAGAAGUAUCGACUGUCAAAUCAGACUUUGAAACCAUCAGUGGAUACACUAAAAUAUGAAAAUGAAUUUCAACCUAAUCAAGAACAACCAGCACCUUCUGUCACUACUCCAUCGAUUGAAGUUCUUAUGGACCGAAAAGUUUUUGAUAUUACCACCUGUCAAGCCACUUCAGAAAGUAAGGUUACUGUUCCAUCUUCCAGUGUAGUAUAUCCACUUGAUAUUUACUUUAAGACUGAAUCACAGAUUCAGAUUUCUUCUGGAUCAGGAUCUUUCUCCUCUAAGUCUUCUCAAGAGCAAGUUGAUGUUGGAAUUGAAACUGACUCUCAGAAUCGAUUAGACAGAGGAAAUAGUCCAAUUUCUCUACCAAGUAUGAUUGAUACUGCUGUUAGUCCAAUUGUUGAUAGUCAAAAUGGAAAAUAUGAAGAUAAGCAGCGUGAUCAGGAGAACACACCACUGACAGAUAAGUGUAUUAAUAAAACUGAAAUACUUGUUGAUAGUAACUCAUUAGGAAAUAGUGAAGACAUUGAACCACAUAUUUCAACUCCUCAGGAUGAUUGUUUUGAAAAACAUGAAGCAAAAGAUGAAUUGAAAAUUUUGCCAUUUUUUCAAGUUAUGAUUCUUAACAAUGAAAGCUCUGAAACAAAAAUUAAACUUGAAACAGAACAGUCAGUGGGAAAUGAACAAUUAACUCACACUAAGGAUAAUUUUGUAAUUGAAAAUGAACCUCAAGAAUUCUCAUAUACUGAAAAAGGUGUGCAAGAGUUUGAAACUCAGGUUGCAUUGGAAAAACAAAGCUUGAUUGACAUUAGUGACAGAAGUCUCUCAGAAAAUGAAGCUAAAGACAAUCAAUCUGAAGAUAUAGAGCAAAAAAAUAAAACUGAUUGUACUAUCUCAACCCAAACAUCAGCAAAUAUAGCUGAUACUCUACUUGCAACUAUGGUUGAAGCUCAGUGCUUGGAAGAUUUUAAGCAUUUCAUUGAUAUUUACAAAGAUGAGAUUGAUUUAUUGAACACACCAACAGAAACAGAAGAAUUCAUACAUAAUCAUGAAUUACUGUCUGAGGUUCAAGUACCUUUAGAUGACAAUGAAUGUAAAGAAUCUACCCUAAGUGCUUAUUCAUGUAGUAUGCAUCAAAAGGAAGAAUCUGAGGAAGAAUUUUCACCUGUGAUUCUAAUUUCACCAGAAAUGCCCCCUCAAAUGCAUUUUGUAACAAAACCAGUUGAAGAUAAGACUUUGACAAAUACUGAAAAAAUGUAUCUGCUGAGAAUGCCAUUUCAGACAAACAAAUCUGCAGAUAUUGAAUCCAGUAGUUUUACACACAAGUGUAUGAAUGGACAGAAAUCCCGUGAUAUUGAUGAUAAUACUUUGCAAGAAAAUAUAAAUGAUAAUAGCACUGUAGCAAAUGAACUAAUUAGCUCAGAAAAUUGUGUUGGUGCACAUGUUUCAGAAGUGUUUUCACUCAAAAGACAAGCUAAAGAAACUGAGUCCAAUAAACCAACUCCUUUUCAAAGUUUGUCAGGUUUUGAACAGAAACAUAUACUAGAAGCUGAAAAUUCAGAUUUAUUUAAUAAUUAUCUUUCACCAGUUAAAAGUAAAGAAUCUAUUUUAACAAACAUGAACAUGCAGCAUGAUAAAUAUUUAGGGAAAGGGUUACUACUAGAUGAGAGUGAACUACUCGGUGAAAGUGAAGCUGUAGAAGUUAUCAUAGAAAGUAAACCUACUUGUCAAGUUAACAGAAGCCAUCAACAAACUGAACCAAAAAAAGAAUUUACAAGUUCUUUACUGAUUGAUAAUGAUAAAAAAAUUUCAGAACCAAAAGAAGAGUGCAGUGACAAAAAUGGGCCUAGAACUGAUACUUGUAGUAAUCUUAUUAUUCAACAAGACAUGUGUUUAUCUGAUAUUGUUUCUGAAGAAACCACAUAUGAGGAAGAAAAUAAAACAAAUGUUCAAACUCGGCCUUCAGAAGAAAACGUUUCAGCCAUUGAUGAAAGCAAAGAUGUUGGGUCAAAAGUUGAAACUAGUAUUUCAGUUGAAACUAAAGAAACAUCUUUACCUAUGUACAUACUUGAAAUUUCUAGGGAUUUAGAGAUUCCUAUUGAAGACAAUAACUUGACUGAUGUUGGGCUUUUACCAGACAUUUUACAGUUGAAUGAUAUUAAGCAAAAAGAUGACAGAGAAAUGUCUGUUAGUGAUGUAGAAAGUAAUUUAUUAGGAACAUCACAUUUUGAUAAGAAGAACAAUGAAUGUUUUAUAAGGCCAUGUGAAGUAUUUUCUACUGCUGAAAGUAAUGAGUUAAUUGGUGGUGCAGAAAGAGUUCCACAAAAGCUAUUGCCUUGUGAAGGCGGGGAUGUAGAAGAUAUAAAUUCUUCUAAGGAAAAUGAUACUGUGAAUGGUAAUACAAAUUCUAACUUACCAGAAACUACAUUUUCAGAGAAUGAAAUGAUUCCAACUGAAGUGCAUAAAUUUGACAAUAAAAGUGAGAGGAAAGUACCAAUAGUUAUACUUGGUCCAAAUGAAGAUAUUAACAUUACCCAACCACAUGAAAGAAUUUAUUAUGUUGGGACAAGUGUUUCAAACUUAAAUGACCAAACUAGUGAAAGAAGUAAAAUGGAUGAUGAAGCUCAUCUUUCUUUUAAACAUCUAAAUAAUGAUGAAAGAGAGCUAAUAGCCAUUUCACAACAGAACAACAUGGAAAUAGAAAAGACUGAAUCUGAUGCUAUAAUCAAACUACCUACUGAAACUGGAAUUUCCUAUGACAAUAAUGAUAGAUCAUCAACAAAUGAUAAAUCUCAAGAAAGGGAAAGCAAUCAGGAUGAGAAGAAUGUAUUUGUAAGAGAGAAAAAUAUGUCUACACGUGUUCCAGAGGAGGAAAAGAUUGCUGACAAACUUGAACAAAAGAAUGGAAUUUCUACUGAAGUUCAAAAUGUUAUGAGUGGUUCUAAUAAAAAUAUUACCAGUUUGGAAGAAUUUACUGACAUUUAUCUUAAACAUUCAAGUAUUAAUGACAGUGAAGAAAGGGCACUGUUAGGAAUUAGCUCAUUAGACAAUGAACAGCAUGAUGAAUUAAAAGGUCAUAGUGAACUUUCCACUGAAAAGUUUAGUGUAAUUAACAGUGAAGAAAGAUUACUAGAUCAUGUAAAUCAAGGGAAUAAACAUUCUGAAAAGAAUAUGCUACCUGAUAGUCAUGAACUUGAUAUUCUUAGUGAAGAUAUAUUCCCGGUAACUGCACUUAAACAAGAAAGAAAAUUUGAUGAAUCAGAAUAUUUUAUUAACAUUGAAGAAAAUUUGGAACCAAAAAAAUCACAGGAAAAAAAAUACAUAGAAAAGACAGAUGAAACUAUAAUGUCAUUAGACAGUUGUGGGCCUAAAGGUAGAACUGAUGCCCCUCCUCCUCAAGAACAGGCUUUGAGUAUCUUUGAUGAGAAAGUGCCUUUGGUGAUAUUAGAGAAAACAGAUGUGUAUCUAGAAGUAAAACCAAAAUGGGAAACAAAGGCCUGUCAUGAAAAAACAUUGCUUGCUGAUCAUCACAAAAAUUCUGGAAAAGCAAUCUGUGAAGAUGAAAUAAUAGAAUAUCAAGAAAAAACAGGUUUGUCACAUUUAGAACCUGGACUUUUCCUGAAAGGAAAAAGUUUCAAGGAUAAUGAUAAAGAAUCUGAGCUAUCAGAAAUGCAACCCAGAAAGGAUGAGAAAGAAAAUAUGCCAGAUAAAAAUAUAAUUGAAACAACAGAUUCCCAAAAUGAAAAGCACAUUCAGAAGAUUGACACAAAAGAUGAAAGAGGCACAUCUAUUGACUACCAAAACUUGAUUUACAUAAACUGCCCCCCUUCAAAAAUGAAGUUUGAUAAGGAAGAACAGAAAACAGAAGUCUGUUUUGAGUACCAAAAUGUGGUUGACAACAAAGAAGAACAUUUGAGCAAAAUGUUAUCUCAAACAGAAGAAGAUGAUUCAAUGGAUAGAAUUGACAUUGUUCAGAGCCAAAAUUUGGUUGAAGAACAGACCAUAAGUUUUGGAAAUUUGCAAGACAGUGAACCAGUGUAUGAAACUGAGAUGUUUGAGAAAGAUCAAAGUUCAUAUUUUAUUGAAAAAGACAUGACAGAAACCUGCAAAAGUGAAAAAACUAAACUAGGAUUGAAAACUGACAAGACAGAUCUGAUUAAUUACUGUGUUGAGGCUGGUCUUUCAGUAUGGAAACCACAAGUGUGCCAUCCAGGAAAAGAAAAUAGUUUAACAGUUGAAUCUAACAUUGAUUUUGAUUCUUUAAAUUUGGAUAACUAUAAAAACAGACAACUCCCAGAAGUUGAAAGUCAUAAAAAAAAUUAUGUUUUGGAAAGUGAUCAACAAGAGGAAUAUUCCAAGCUGGCAGAUUGCAAAGCAAAUGUAGUCAUUCAUAAGAAUGAAAUUACAAAAGAGAAGGAUGAUGAUAUCACUACAGAUAAUGAAAUGAUCAAAAGUAUGAUCUGCUCAGAAGAUCUGUCUCAGCAGAAUAGCACUGAUGAUUGUGAAAAUCCUAGAUAUGACACAAAUGUACAGACUGAUAAAGGUUUUAUCUCUGGUAUGUCAACCUUUGAAAAUCAGUCUCUACUUUCUUGUGUAGACAAAAUAAAAAAUCUUAUUCUAGAACAAAAGGAAUUAAGGGAUGAAACUGAAGCCACUCUAGAGCCAGAUCCUCAAGAACAAUCGGAAAGAACUGAAAAGGAAGUUACUCUGACCAUUCUCCGGCAAAUUAUUGACUUAGCUGAUCAAAUGAGAAAAGUCUUACAGGCUCUUGGAAGAAGUCACUUGGGCUCAAAUGUUUUAAGCUCGGUAUCAGGAGCAACCCUUGGACACAUCUCAUUUCAUUCAAACAUAAAAAACAGUUUAGAUGCUAAAUCUUCUGCAGCUGCUGUCAGCAGGUCCCAUUCAGAAGAUUCUUCAAAUAAUGAAGAGGUAAUUCUGCCUGUGACUUCACCACCUAACAGUUUGACAGAUAAUGCUUAUGAGUCCUUGAAUGGUGUUAAAAUUCCACAAACUGAAGAAUCUGUAACUUCUACUCAGGAAAGUAUAAGAAUAGAAGAGCAGGUAGUUGAAAGUAGCUCAUCUUCAGGCAGUGGUGCACAAAAUCAUUAAAAUAUGUUGUGUCAAGAUCUUUGAAGCUGAUAACUAUGCAAAACACUUAUGCAUGGAAAUUCACACUUUUUUAAAUUGGUAAUUUUAAGAGCGUGAACUCUUAAUUUGAUUUGAAGCUUUAUAUUAGUUUAUAAGCAUACAUGCUGUUCUUUAUAUGCUUCUGAGCUUUAAUUAUUUUUUCAUGUAGGAACUUUUAAUGUGUUUAACACAACUAUAUUGCAACUGAUAGACUAUUUGUAAAGUACGGAGUGAGUUAAUAUUAAUUAAAAGAAUAACUGAGUGUGUCUUAAAAGUGCUUUCCAAAUUGUAAAAUUUGUACUGAGUGUUUUUCAUUUUGCUGGUUUUCAUUAUUUUACAGCAUUAUAAAAUGUACUUUAUUAUACAGAUCAAUUGGAAGUUGACAAUUUUAUCUGAAGAAUUUUACAGUUGCUGAAAUAUUCAAACAUAUUUACUUAAAAAAUAUAAUAAUGUAAACAAUAUUUGCACUGCAGAUCAUCAUUGUUUCUCACAGGAACAAUUUUUCAAGAUUCAUUUUAAUUUUGUUUCAAAAUUUCUUUUUUAAAUUUAAAGAUGUAAAACUAAUAACCACACAAACUAGACCAACAAUACAGCAUUCUGUGUAGGGGCCAUCUUUACUCAAAAAUGUUGUGUGCUACAUAGAUGAACAAUUAUUUCAGGUCAGCAAACUAAAUCAAGUAUAGAGAUUACGUUUGCUAAGAUUCUUCAAGAAGAAUUUUCACUUUCACGGAAUAAAUCACCAAACUGCUGCUAUUUAUCACCUGUAAAAGAAACUAUCAAAAGAAAAAUGCACCUGUGAGAGAAUACAUCCAGAAUGUUUUAACUAUUAUAGUGCAAGUGAAUUCAAAGAUACACAUGUUUCACAGUCUAAAAGUAUGUCUGAAAAUAAGAGAAGUAUUUACAGUAAAAUGCCUAUUUUUUGUUUAAAAAGUUCAAAUUUUUCUUAUCAGCCUUUACAGCAAAUUGAAAGAUCAUCUUUAACUAGUAGUGGUGUCAGUCAUGUUGAACAAAACAUCCAGCAGUCUGGUUUAUAUGUAAACAUAAAUCUUGAUGACAAUCCUGAUCAGUUAUUAACUAAGUUUGAAUCUUCAACAGAAGAAGAAGGUAUUGAAUAUUCUUCAGAAGGAACUUCUAGUGUUAAAAAUUGUUCUGUAGAACAGUUCACUAAUGUUAUAGAUAAAACAGAAUUCACACAAAUUAUGGAACAACAAAAUAUGAUGCCAAGUCAUUGUAUGGAAGGUGCAAUCUCAUUUCCUGAACAUGACGUAAAUAGCUUAACAGAUUAUGAAAUGUUUGUUUGUUCAGGGGAAGAAGAUGCAGAAUAUACUGAUGAUAACAAUUCAUUCAUUGAAUUAGAUAUA